CACCCAGCUAGCUGUAACCGGCUAGCGAGUCUGUUGUCGAGUUGACACCCUCCCCAAACCUCGGCAGCAGCUAAGCUGCACAGUCGACAUGGCAAGAAAAUAUCGCAACAAUUUCCUAAAGAAAGAUGAAAAUCUUCCAAGUCUUUUGGAAUGAUAUUCAUCACGAGAUGUAAUCCAAAAUCCACAAUGUGUGAGGACAUCUAAGAACAAUUGAGUUCGGAAGACAAAUUCUUGAUUCCAGUGGAAUCUUCCAUAUAUAUAUUAUUAUUAGAUUUUUUUCUCUGUGUUAAAGCUUACAUACAUUUACACACUCGUCCGAUCAACAUAUAACCAUGCCAGUGCAAGCACCACAAUGGACAGAGUUCCUGCUGUGCCCGAUCUGCACACAGACAUUUGAAGAGACUGUUCGCCGGCCCAUCAGCUUGGGCUGUGGACACACUGUCUGCAAGAUGUGCUUGAACAAGUUGCACCGCAAGGCCUGUCCUUUUGACCAGACAGCCAUCAGCACAGACAUCGAGCAGCUACCUGUCAACACUGCCCUGUUGCAGCUGGUGGGAGGCCAGGUUCCUAAGGCUCAACCAGUUGCCUUGAUUACCAGUCCAGAGGACUCGCAGCAUUAUGAGGAGGCCAGGCAGUGUGUGGAGGAGCUGGCCCUCUACCUCAAACCUCUCAGCAACACCCGAGGUGUGGGCCUGAGCAGCACGGCCCAGAGCAUGCUGAGUCGACCCAUGCAGAGGAAACUGGUGACUCUGGUCCACUGCCAGCUAGUGGAAGAGGAGGGCCGGGUCAGAGCCAUGAGGGCCGCCCGCUCUCUGGGCGAGCGAACAGUCACUGAACUCAUCUUACAGCACCAGAAUCCACAGCAGCUCUCCUCCAACCUCUGGGCCGCUGUGCGUGCACGAGGAUGUCAGUUUCUAGGCCCAGCCAUGCAGGAGGAAGCUCUGAAGUUGGUUCUUCUUGCUCUGGAGGACGGCUCCGCACUUUCCAGGAAGGUGUUAGUUCUCUUUGUGGUUCAGAGGCUUGAGCCACGCUUCCCGCAGGCCUCUAAGACCAGUAUUGGGCAUGUGGUGCAGCUACUCUACAGGGCCUCCUGCUUCAAGGUGACCAAACGGGAUGAAGAUUCGUCCCUGAUGCAGCUGAAAGAGGAAUUCCGUACUUACGAGGCUCUGCGGCGCGAGCAUGACUCUCAGAUAGUUCAGAUAGCCAUGGAGGGUGGACUGCGCAUCGCACCCGACCAGUGGUCCUCUCUGUUAUAUGGAGAUCAAUCUCACAAGUCCCACAUGCAGUCUAUCAUAGAUAAGCUGCAGACUCCGGCGUCUUUUGCUCAGAGUGUCCAGGAGCUGACAAUUGCAUUGCAGAGGACCGGAGACCCAGCCAACCUAAACCGUCUGCGGCCGCACCUAGAGCUUCUGGCCAACAUUGAUCCCAGUCCUGAUGCUCCCCCUCCCACAUGGGAGCAGCUGGAGAAGGGGCUGGUAGCAGUGAAAACAGUGGUGCAUGGGCUGGUGGACUUCAUCCAAAACCACAGCAAGAAAGGAGCCGACCCUCAACAGCCUCCUCAGCACAGCAAGUACAAGACGUACAUGUGUCGUGACAUGAAGCAGAAGGGAGGCUGUCCUCGUGGAGCCAGCUGCACAUUUGCGCAUUCUCAGGAAGAACUGGAGAAGUAUCGUAAAAUGAAUAAGCGCCUGGCAGCCCGCCUCCCUGGCUCAGGGGGUCUCAUGUCGGAUGAGGGUCUUCCUCUUGACGUCGGAGUGACCCGGAAGCCCUCGCCGCUCACCAACGGUAGCGGUGGAUCCUCCUUGCCCCAGCUUAUUGCCCGUGGCACCGACACGGUCCCGUAUGAACUGUUGCGUAAACCCAUGAAGAUGGAUGGAGGGAGUCCCAGCGCGCCAGGAUCCCCACCGGAUGGGAUGGACUCUGUGCUGCCCAAGCCUGGUAUGCCACCUCAUGCCAUGGCCCAUUCAAGGAUGCCAGUGGACCACCUUUCUGGGGUGAAGCACAUGCCCGUGGUAGCAAGAGGUUCGCCCGUCUACCCCCAGGCACCGCACCCUGAGAUGUGCUAUGACUCUCGCCCGCCCCCCUCUGCUUCUCAGUAUGACCCCCCUCAAUACCCCACAGGCUACCCUUACCAACAGCCACCGCAGUACGUCCCUCGGGACUACAUGCGUAACCCGCCACCACCCAGCGAGUCGGGACCCCCUUACCAGGACCCAUAUCCUGGCUAUGGCCCUCCAGAGCGCUCGUACCAGGGCCCUCACUCCGGUCCACCUUUCUCUUACCCUCACCCGUCGCACCAUGACAGAGGUCGCCACGGGAACUACAAUGGCCCGCCACCUCCCCCACAGCCGUACCCGUCACAGAGGGACGGACUGGUCCGGAUGAGUCCCGCUCCUCUUGACAUGCCCCCGCAGUCAGUUGGACAAGCUAACUCCCUUUACCACCAGGAGCCCAGUUCACGUGAUAGAUACCCUCCAGAUGGCUACUAUACACAGGGGGCCCAGCCUCCACCCAUGAGGGGUUAUGUCCGGGGGCCUUCAUACAGUGGUUCACAGCCCAGCCUCGACUACCUGCACAGACGCCGGCAGGAGCUGUUAUCACAGCUGGAGGAAAGGAAGGUCAUAUCCCCUCCACCAUUCGCUGCCUCGCCCACUCUUCCUCAUCCCUUUCCCAGCGACUAUCCUCCAGAGUACGGCGAGGAGAACUCCAAAACCAUGGGGAAGUGCAGAGAGCCCGACUACGCAGGGCAGUACUCUCCCUGGUCUUGUGAAACCAUUGGCUCCUACAUUGGUACAAAGGAUGCCAAACCCAAAGAUGUUAUGGGACCUGGCAGCAUGGACAUGAUGAAUGCAGAGGCUAAGAGUAUGAGGGAACAAUCACUGGAAGCUCCUCGGAGGGGCGCAGAAGUGAAGGACGAUGACCCCAUCAUCCCAUUUGGCCCCCAGCCCACUGUGUCACGCUUCGGUGCCAUCUCCCGGACCUCCAAGACGGGCUACCAGACCACAGGUCCUGGGCAGGCAAUGGCCUCCCCGCCACAGAACCCAAGCUCUAAACAUAUGGCAAUGUCAUCUGAAUACGCAUAUGGAAGCCAUGGAGGAUGGGGUGGAGCCUCAUACCCCUCACACCAGACUGCCUCCUCCUCUCAGGGACACUUCAGUGAGCGUAUGCCUAUGGCAGCUCCAGACAGAGAGCAGUUAAAGAUUGAGCUGCAGCAAGUCAACCAGCAGAUCAACCAACAGACCCAGAUGCGAAGCAUGGAGGCUUCCAGUAACUCUUUGCUGCUGCAGAGGGAGGGCAGCGCGUUGGCAGGCCAGGCUGUGCAGGCCGGCCAGGGCCAGGCAGCAGCUCAACAGCAGCCCAAGUGGCCAGCAGUGGGAGCCAACACCACCCCUGUCUCCAGCGAACAGCUGAGCCUGGAGCUCCACCAGGUGGAGAGAGAGAUCGGCAAGAGGACCCGCGAGAUGGCUUUGGAAAACCAAGUCACCCACGAUGUUCAGCAGUAUAAGAUUAAACCUGCAGAGAAUGGACAACCAGAGCAUAAAACUCAGCUAGAAGAAAUCUCCAUGGCUCUUGGCGAGGUGUCGAACGGAUCCAACAGUCUCCAAGAAAGUGCAGUGGGCGGGUCCAUGCUGUCACUGACCAAUAAGACGUCUGCUUUGGGCUUGUGCUCUGAUCCAGGCGCCGCUGGUUCAGAAAUGCAGAAGAAUGGCGUCCAUUCCUGCUCAUAGGCGCAGUGCACACACACACAACCACACAUGCACACACUCAAGAUGCUCAAUUGAAAAGCAUGCACAGGCACCCAUUCUAUUUAGAAGAUGAGCAGUAUCUGCCGUGAUAUGAAUUUUCUUUCUUUUUUGUUCUGUGAAUGAGCUUUUUUUAAUGACUUUCCUUGCCUGGAAACCAGAGCAUAUGAUAACAUUUCUUGUGUGUGCAUUUUUUUUCCUCUUUCUUUUUUUUUUUACCGAAGUUAAAUAUAAACAAAGCUCAUCAUAGAUAUGUCAGGAAGAGAAAAUGGUGGUGAUGUUGACGGUGGUAUUGUAAUUUUAUUCAAAAAAAGGUUAGGCCUAUCCCAUUCCUAAUAAACAUAGUCAUGUAUUUAAUUGAUCCUCCCCAGAUAAGAUUUGUGUUCAGCUGAAGCUGCAAACAAAGCAGAGGAGCAGAUUCUACACACUCGGAAAAGAGUUAUCUGGCCAUUUAUGAAGGUAUUGUAGGAAUCUGCGUGAGCGCGUCACUUGGUACUCCACCCCAGAAUCGUAAAAAAAAAAAAAAAGUGUUUGCUCGGAUGGAGAUGGUCUGAGGAGGGAAAAGCAGAACAAUGUUCCACCAGUAUUCAGCUGAAAUGACGAUGCGCUGUGUUACAGAAAUCACUUUUGCGGCACACGCGCGUCUUCACCUGCCACCAGAAGUAUGAUUUUAUGAAUGCGGUUUAUUAACACAUCCUGUAUGUUUCGUACUUGAAGUAUAUUCUAUAUUUAAUUGAGGCAUUCUGUUUUAAAGAGUGCAGCAAGUCUUUUUGAUAAUAAGCUUUCCACUUGUUUUCUAUAAGGGAACCUACUAUGUGCUUCUCGGCUGCGGUGUGACCCUGAUGUGGUUUGGCAGUGCAUUCAGUCCUAGCUAAUUACGCUGCGGGAUCCUUCCCAGCGUGCCCAGAAAUUGUUCUUUUGGGGGACGAAUGGAGAGUCCACCUCUCUGCAUCAGGAGUCUGUCGGAUCAGUGUCGUUAUGAAUUAGGCUAAUUGAGCAGUUCCCUCCUCAGAGCAUCUCGUCGAGCCACGCCAAAGGCCUCCCCAUUGGGAUUAUCUUGUCAUUUGUUCUCCUAACUUCUAUGAAGUUGCCUUCCCUUGUGUUCUUCGGUUUAUUUUUUAUUUUUUCAUGCUUUGCUUUUGUUACGAUUCGGGGGGGGUGUGGCUUACCCAGUGAAGGCUUUUUACGGAGGGUCAUUUAAUGAGUGUCCUCCUGUCCGUUGGGAAAUGGUCGAAUUCCAAGCAAAAGCUAAACUCGCCGUUUGCGUUCCUUGUAGCGUUUUAGGCUACGCAGUACAUCCAAAAAUCCUGUUUACAGUCAAAGAUGUUGAUAACCAAACCCGCCACCUGAAUCGCAUUGAGUACUUUUAAGCAUUUUUAUUGGCGAGUUAUUACAAUAGCAUAUUUACUUCGGUCAUCAUCACCACCAUAACCACUAUUCUAGCUCUUUAUCCACCAAGCAGAUUGUUUACUGCCGAUGCUCGCGUGUCGAGCUCUUUGCCUUCUGUAAACAAUGAGCGUGACAGCUGUGCUGGUUGCCGGGUAGAGAAGACCCUCUGGGUCAAGUUGUUUUGGGGUUAACUUUGACGCUUUUGGUCUUCGGGAAAGCGUUGUGACAAAUCCCUCACAAGUGAGUCAAAACAAAGCCGACACUAAUGUUUUGUGUCCCUCACGCGGGUGGUUUGAUAGGCAUCUCUUCCAAUAUGUCAGCGCCAUGAUGCUAGGUGUUUGGUUUUGUUAUUUUUAUUUUCCUCCCCCACUUCAAUCUGGCUGCUCCUUGCUACAUUUAUUGUUUAGGUACACAGCUCACUUAUACAUAUGAGUAUGUAUACAUACAUUAAUAUACUAAAGCACUAUUAAUGUGCCACCUCUUAUUUUACUCGCUCAGCAUUUAUAUUAAAUGAUCUCUAUUUAGAAUCAGCAAAAUGUUUGUUUCUUUUGGUUGUUUGAUUUGUUUUCUGUCCAUUGGUUGCCAACACAGACUUUAUCCUUUCCCAGACGAAGGACUUCUGUGCGCAUUGAUGUGUGUUCACUUAAUCUUUUGUGUUCAAACAAAGAUGUUCUCUAUAGACUAUGCUUCCGAAGAAGACGACAAAAUUCUGUAACUUUGGAAAAUUUAUGGAGAAGUUUUGUGUGUGCUAGAUUGUAUUGUAGAAAACGUACCCUAUGUUUUUUUUCCUCCCACAAGGUGUGCUGUACUGGGUGAUAGUUUUGAGGUAUUAGAAAAGUGUUGGGGUUUCCCCCCCCCCCCCCCCCCACGUAUGUCCCUUAGAGGAUAUUCAGGAAGUCUCUGAUGAGAGGUUGGCCUUAAAUCCUCUUUGCAAUGUCCCUUUACCUUGUCUGCUUUCAGAGCACAAGGUGAUUUCUAAAAUAGUAAAACACACUGAAUUGGACUGAUUUAGAGUCCUACAGAUGGACUCUAGUAGAUGCCCCCUCACUUUUUGAAAAUGUAAUGCAGAACAGCAAUGUGCAAAUAUUGCAAAUCUCAAGAUUUGACAGACUGACAGCAAAAUGUAAUUAUUUUUUUUAAUGGAAUUGUUGUUGACCUAGUUCGGUUUGUAGUCCUUUUCUCUCGUUUUUUUUCUGUUCCUGCAAUAGUUGAGUGAAUUUACUGACCCUGCAAGUCUUACAGUCUUUAAUGCAUCAUCUGACCUGAUGUAUAGUCAGCAGCUAAGAGUUUCUGAGUGACAUUCACACAAUAGUUUUGUUCUCCUUACACGUAUAUUUACAAGAAAUUGUCCCACCAGCUUUAAUUCUGCUGUUGCAAUGCCACAAAUUGACAACAAGUGGUGUUGAUUGAAUAUGACGUUCCUCCCCCUCUCCAAGUACAAGUCAACCAAAAGGAACAUGAUGCAGGUGUGAGUGAGCCUAAACCACCUUUAGCUUGGGAGGGUCCACGCACCAUGACUAGUGGGGUGGUUUACUGUAGAGUAAACAGCAAAGAUGUUCAUUUCAAUCUCCUGUGUGUUUUUGUAUCUGAGUGGAACUGCUGUCCCCCCCCCCCCCCCCCCCCUCCCUACAUUUACAGAACAAGUUAAGCCCUCCACUCCCUCCCUCCCCUUGACCACUGAACUCUGUUACUGCUGUUUGAGGCUCACAUUUUAUUCCCUAACUUUCUGGGGAAAUUCGCAAAUGGCUAUUUUAUAUGAUUACUCCCUUGUAAAAUAUCUCUUAAAUUAAGGUACAGGUUUGAUUUCAGCAAGAAAAACGUUUUUAUAUGUAUAUUAUACUCCAUUAAGGAAUGUCUAGAAAUAUCUUCCUCCAAUGUGGAUGUAGCCAUUAUUACGCCAUUUUAUGACUUUGUAAGAGAAUUCACUGUGUGAAAAUUGGUUUGCAUUUUUGUAUAAUACAAUCUGCUUUUUUUUUCGUUUGAUACGAGAGGGAGGUCAAACUGGAAGUUUGAAGAGAGAAAAAAAAUGAACCUGUGAAAUUGAGAAAACAAAGUAACUUAUGUACAACAGUGAUUCUACGCUGAGGGGAAAUGAUUAAAUGAUAUUGCUAACUGA